AUGGAUUUCAUGCUACCCAUAAGAAGUCGAGGCACGAUGGCUCCCUCCAGCUCCGAACCUCUUCUGGGCUGUCAAAGCAGAUGCACCAGACAACACUACGCAAGCGUUAAAAGAAAGCUGCGGCCUGGACGGAUUCUGGGCUUCGUCCUCAGCUUGGCGGUGGUCUGCACAGUCUGCUCAUGGAGUGCCUUGUCGCUGGUCACAACGAUGGCCAAGGAGCUGGAAUCGGCUGAUGAGGGCUCAGCAGAGGCAGCGGUGCCCCAAAGAACACUUCUUCAGCACAACAACAUUUCAGUUGCAACAGGAGGCAUACCAAUAGCUAUGAAGUCAUCCGACGUAGAGCUGAAUCAUGGGGACUACCCGACGGACUUAUUCUCUGUUGAGCAGAGACGCCAGGGCUAUGUGGUGUUUCAUAUGUUUGGCAUGUUGUACAUGUUCAUAGCCUUAGCCAUUGUUUGUGAUGAGUUCUUUGUUCCUGCGCUCACAGUCAUCACAGAGAAGCUGGAGAUCUCUGAUGAUGUAGCAGGAGCCACCUUCAUGGCAGCAGGUGGCUCCGCCCCAGAGCUCUUCACCUCUGUCAUAGGGGUCUUUGUCUCCCACAGUAACGUAGGUAUUGGUACCAUUGUGGGCUCUGCCGUCUUCAACAUCUUGUUUGUGAUUGGGAUGUGCGCCGUGUUCUCCAAAGAGGUGCUGAACCUCACCUGGUGGCCUCUGUUCAGAGACGUCUCCUUCUAUAUCAUUGGCUUGCUUAUGCUCAUCUAUUUCUUUCUGGAUAAUGAAAUCUCAUUGGGAGAAAGUAUUAGCCUGCUGAUGUGCUACACCUGCUAUGUGACAUUCAUGAAGUUCAAUUCUAAAGUAGAACUUGUCAUCAAGAGGUUGCUGGGAAGCAACCAGGUGGACGAGCUGGAAACCGCACCAAGGGUAACCGCUCCUGAUGACGAGAACAAGCUGACGGCCAAACCCAGGUUGCAGAGGGAAGGCAGCUGUGCCUCUCUUCACAACACACUGAUGAGAAACAGUAUCUUCCAGCUCAUGAUCCACACCCUCGACCCUCUCAGUGAUGAAGGACGUUUCAAAGAGAAGGCUUCUAUCCUUCACAAAAUGGCCAAGCAGAAGUGUAAAGAUGAGGCAGCCAAUGCCAACGGCGUAGGAGCCCCCUCGCAGAUACAACCUCCAAGAAAAGCAAAUUCCGUUAAGAACAUCCAAAACAGCUCCAACGUCGCCGUGGAAGUCACACCGCCCAUGAACGGUGUCGUGGGAGGAGAAGCGGGCGGCGAGGAAGAGGAGGACGAGGACCAGCCUCUGAGCUUGGCCUGGCCCGACACCUGCAGGAAACGAAUCACCUACCUCAUCAUCCUGCCCAUCGUCUUCCCUCUGUGGCUCUCGCUCCCUGACGUCAGGAGAGAGACCUCAGCGAAGUUCUUCCCCAUCACUUUCCUCGGCGCCAUUUCUUGGAUCGCUUUCUUUUCCUACCUGAUGGUGUGGUGGGCUCACCAGGUGGGAGAAACCUUCUGGAUCACAGAGGAGAUCAUGGGUCUGACCAUACUAGCAGCUGGUACCUCCAUCCCUGACCUGAUCACCAGUGUGAUCGUGGCUCGAAAAGGCCUCGGUGACAUGGCCGUGUCCAGUUCGGUGGGCUCCAACAUCUUUGACAUCACCGUGGGUCUGCCAUUCCCCUGGCUCGUCUACAACAUCCUCAACGACUUCAAGCCUGUACAGGUGAGCAGCAACGGCCUGUUCUGCGCCAUCGUCCUCCUCUUCCUCAUGCUCCUCUUCGUCAUCUUGUCCAUCGCCGCGUGCAAGUGGAGGAUGAGCAAGUUCCUGGGCUUACUCAUGUUCCUGCUCUACAUCGUUUUCCUUGUCGUCAGCGUCAUGCUGGAGGAUAAAAUCAUCGUCUGCCCCGUCAGCGUCUGA